GUUGAGUGUGUUGGAAGUGUUCAGUGUUCUAGUGUGCUCUUUGUUAAAUGAAUACUGGCUGGCUCCAGUUUAAACGCAAGUCGCGUUAGUGGUUGCUACAUUGCAGAUGUGUGUAGUGUUCUGUGACGAUGAUACAGCACCGGCGGUCAUGUGAUGCGGGAAGGCGUGUAUAACUCGCAACGCUCCUAAUUUUCUUAUCCUUUGCUAGACGGUGAGCAGGAAGUGACGAACAGACAGUUACGUGUGUGUGUGUGUGUGUGCGUGUGUCCUGUUUGCGUAAUGUGAAGUGAAAUGUCAUAAAACGUGAAAGCAACAAUGGGCACGGACGACAGCGUCGACGAGCGCCGUAUCCCUAGCAACACGCUAGAAACCCUCCGCGGAAUUCUAAUCUCCUCGCUCUCCCGGGAGAAUAUUGGGAACAUUGACGUCCAACCAUCGCUUGGUCGUCGCAGGAAAGUCACCUUCCAAGAACUGCGCAAUGUGCACGCUGGAGCCGCUCCUGUGGAGGACAACCAGCGUUCGGGUCCACCCCCCCACAGCUCAUCGCGCCCUGCCACGUCUAACAAAGGGAAUUCUGGUACGCUUCACUGGUUUGCAUACGUCGGAAAUGAAGCAGAUUCACUUCAGAAUGAAACAGUUAGCCAAGACUGUGGUGCGGAGUCAGAUGAUGGUGAAACUUGUGCUGAGACUGCGCCUUUAGACUUCAUUACUGCUCCAGGGAAAGACGGUUCAAACUUGUCACAAAAGGAGCGUGAGGAGAGAAUCCGAGCACUCCGUGAACGACAGAAUGAGGAGAGGCAGAGAAAGUUGGAGGAACUGAAGCAACAGGCAAUAGCUGCCCAGAAGUUCCGAGAACAGAAGGAAGAGGAACGAAGAAGACGCAUAGAUGAACUGCGACAAAGAGAUAGUGAUAAGCGGCAUCAGGUGGAGGAAAGAAAACGCCAGAUAUGGGAGGCAGAAAGAGAUCGUCGAGAGGCAAUACUGAGAAAGAAUCAGGAACGAGAAGCUCGGAUCGACUCAAAACGAAAGAAUGAACGUAGUUCAAUAGUAUUUGCAUUUGGAAGUUCAACUCCAAGGAUGCUAGAACCUGCUGAUACCGGCGGUUCCUUCUGGGGCACUAGGAGGGCAACGUCAACAACAAAUGUGAUGACAUUCUCAGCAGCUCCUUUAACUCGCCGUUCAUCGGAACGGGAGUUGGAUGGGAGUAAGAAGAGAGCCACAUCAGCCAGUGGUCUUGACCGCAAACCUGGCGAAGAUAUGAAAAUGUCUUCUUCUAUGUACGAAGUAUUCCACUGGAAUUCAACUCCUGAGCCUACCUGUAAACCCAUUCAGAGGGCUAAAAGCCUUUCAUGUGCCCCUGGCUCAGAGCCACAGACAACCCUGGGUAAAACUGACCCUCAAGUUGAGGUUGCUACCAAGUUGAAUUUGAACUUAGAUGGGCGUGAUCGUAACAUUUUGAGUGCCCCCCACACGCCCUCGAACCGAUCUGUCCAUAUUUCCAGUAUUUUGCCUGGAUUUGGGAGCUUGCCUGGUGGAGAAGACGGAGAUGUAACUGCGCCUGAAACAGCAGUAGUUGUGUCUGCACAACAGCGCGUCAACAGGAGGAAGACAGACCUGAUGCCCACAAUUCCUUCUCCCCGGGAUCUGACCCCCACCUCUAGUUCCAGACCCUCUUCUGUCUAUCUGCAAGGACAUCGUCCAUUUAGCAGAACCCCAGGUAGGGCUUACUCCAUGUCCCGCCUGGACCAGCUUUCCCAGCCGCGCCGACGUCCAGCUGCAGAGCUGGCCUCAUUGCAUGAAAAGACUCGUGACCCAUCCACAUUGAGAUCCUCCCCCGCCACUGCCAAGAGCAUGUCCUGUAGCAUGAGUCACCUCGCAGGUAGUAAACAUUCUCAGCGUGGGUCUCAGCUUUGCAGAUCAGAUGCUUCACGCAGCAUGUCCCAGUUGACAGGGAGUGGACAGGGGUACCCUGUUCCGCCACCCCGACCCACACGGGCAGAAAGGCUGCGUCAGAGGGCUCGUGAAAUGGCUCAUCGCAGUGUGACUAGUAGUGCUGGUCAGCUACAAGGUUUACGCUCUGGUGAGGUGACACCGUCACCCCCUUCACGACCUCUCAGUGCACUCAGUCAGCAGAGUAUGAAUAGCGUCAACUCUGGGGUUAGUCUCCGUGCUCGUCCAGUCUCUGCAGCCCGUAAGCCUCGUCCCAUCAGCAUCGCAGUGACGGGCAUAACACAAGAGCCUGAUAGUCAAACAGUCCGCACCUCGCACAGACACAGUAUCGCUGGUGAAAUUCGGGCUUCAAAAACUCAAAACGCAAGCACAGACCGUGAGAGUGCCAAACCCCCGCUUCCCAAAGUUCAUACAUCCAAGAAAUUAACAAAGUCUGAGGCACCAAGCAAGAAGACUUCAGACAAAGUGUUGAAGUCAGCAAAGGCUUCUGCUCGAUUAACUCCAAAAGCAACCCCACUGCAGUCUCCUGGUUCAGAUGCACCCUCAUCUUUAUCUCAGGAUCAAGCUGAAGAGCAAAAUGAAAUAGUUGAGAAGGCAGAAGAUGUUCAUGGAGGGAAAACCCCAGAUCAGCUCGAGCAGGUGCCCACCACAGCGGAACAGACAGAUGUAGAAAUGAAACCCUCUUUGGAAGAGGUUUGUUCUGUUGCAGUGGAAUCAAAACCAGUAGCCGAGGAGAAGGAAGUCCAUGAAGAAGUAAGCGAGAAAGAAAUUCAACCUGCUGCACCUUGUGUGGUUCAGGAGGACAGCAUAGAGAAAUUUGAAACAGUAGAGCAUGCUGAACACAUAGAAACUGAAGCUGACAUGACAGCAUCAAUGAUAGCAAAAACUCGAAUUACAACAGAAGAAGAAGCCAAAGCUGCGCUGGCAGAACGCAGAAGGCUAGCUCGGGAGCAAGCAGAAAAGGAAGCAGAGCUCGAGAAACAGAGAUUGGAGGAGGAGCAGAGGUUAGAGGAAGAACGUUUGCGUCAGGAAGAAGAGGACCAGCGUAGAUUUGAAGAGGAACAGCUGAGACUAGUGGAGGAAGCUCGCCAGGCAGAAGAGGAACGAUUGCUUCAGGCCAUUCAGGAAAAUGAAAGACGAGAAGAAGAUGAAAGAAAAAGAAGAGAAGAGGAGGCUAAGGCUAAAGCAGAAAAAGAAGAAGCAGAGAGGAAAGCUCGAGAAGAAGCAGAAAGGUUGCGCAAAGAAAUGGAUGAACGACUGAAAAAAGAAGAAGAGGAACGCAUUGCUCGACGCAAGCGAGUUGAAGCAAUCAUGCUACGCACACGAGGCAAGGGUUCUACUCCAUCCAGCACACCCACCAAGGGUGAAGGGGAUUCUGAUGAAGGGAAGGAUGGGAGUCCAUUAGAAGAGAUGAAACCCCAUCCGGGGGAGGUGGCUGCAGCGAUGGAACUGCCGGACUCCAAGCUGUACCAGUCUAGUGAUGACAUCACCACAGGCAAUGGCCAGCAGAGUCUUCUAGUGGACAGUUUCAAUUCCAACAUCAUGGAUCAUAUCCAGGAAAAUGGAGGCAGUGAAAAGAGGCUGUCAUCUAGUUUGAAUAGUGAUUUCUUAUUAAUAGACACCAUGAGACCAAUGGAAACUAGUGAGGACUUAAUAACUAGUGGAUCCAGUGUGCUACCCCCUUCUGCCCAGAGCAACGGUCAUCGGAAUGUAGUGGAAUAUGACGCAGUAGACUUUGUCAGUGUAGAUAAUGUGAAACAAAAUAACGCAACCAACAACUUACUAGACUUUUCAGAAUUUGACGCAUUCAGCACAAAUAAUGCCAUGCUGAGUGCGACACACCAACCGACGGCAGCUACAGAAUUUGAGCAGAUUUUGGAUCUGAGCUCAGUUCCAACUACAGGAAAAAUUUCAAAUGAAGAUAACGUCAACUCAAAUAUAAUGAAUAAUGGACCUGCCCCACCCUUCAUUGCAUUUCAGGAGAAUCUGGCCAAGAAAACAGAUAGUAAUUCAGUUACUGAUCUGCUGUCAUAACAUGCUCUUCUGUUAAUAUGUAGAGAAGACUGUAAUAAGAAAACAUUGAGGGCUGACUGGAAGUGCACAUAUAUUGUACAUAAUAGACCACAUUUUGCUGAACGGGAAGACUGAACUGAUAGAGGAAGGAACCAGAGGGAUUAGCAUUACAAACUUCACUGAUUUCAGACUUUCAUGGUGAUUAGCUGCUGAUGCUAAUUCAGUUCUUGGGUGACCGCUCCAGAACAUCGGUUGCCAGUGGUUCUUUAGUACAGUUUGUGACCCUUAAAUGGGCUGUUUCUUUCCUUGCACAACUUUACAAGUCCAUUGUUCCUAUUGGUCCAGAUGGGACUUCAACCCCCCCACCUCAACACAGAAACUUUCCCAUGCUAUACUCUUACAGCCCUGAAGACCAAAGGUGCAUGUCCCUUUAAAACAUUGCUCACAGUGACGUGGUGUAAAAAUCCAAGAACUGAAUUAUUGUCAUCAUCAUCAAGAAUCCAAGACCCUUCUUCAUUAACCCUUGGACUGAUAUCUCGGUAUUCCAUAAGUGGUCCAUUCACUCAUAUAUCAUUUGAGAUUGAUACAGUAGGCACAUUUGCAGCCUGUGUAGGAAGGAACUCAGUGUUACCUCAACCAGAAGAAUAGACAGAAAGGUACGGAUUAACUCGGAAGUCAGAAGGUUGCAGCGUAACGUUACAGCUCCUUGGAAGAACAUUUUUGUCUCAUUGUAAUUUCACAUACAUCUGUAUCCCUGUGUUUCCUCCAGUUGUGUAUGCAUUUGUGAUUAUAGAUGUGCACUAAAUUUAUUUCUAAUUGGUCCUGUUGUCUCAUAUACUAGAACUAGAAUAUAUAUAAACAUACACUGGGUUCCCACUGUGGAUAUAAGCUAAAUCCUCUUGCUAUAUAUUGUUUUCUGUGUAUCGUAGUUACACUUGUCAUCAAAAUGCUGAUGAGUUACUGAAGUCGUAAAGGUUAAACUCAUGUACAUUUGUGACUCUUCUAGUUCUUGCAUUUGUAAGUUCAAGCUCAUUAAUAUGGGUGAUUGAAGCUCCAGUAUAUUUUGCUAGUUUGUUUCAGACAUGACAGUAACUACAAACCUUCCAAAAUGUGAGCCCAUUCCCUAGUCAAUUGAUGAAGCAGUUAUUGACAUGUAUGAUACUGUCAGUGUGUUGAUAUGUCAAGUAAAUUGAGCAUGUUGUGGAUAGGCAGAAGAAUGCUCUGAUUGCAGUGAUCGGAGUUUAUGGUAAAAACUUAUUUAUUAAAACUGCUUUACUGAGUGACAGGUAUCACGAAAGGAGUGCUCAAAGUAUAAUCAUAACAGGGCUCUCACAUUUACUAUACAUGUAUAUAGUUAAGUGAGAAACUGGUUUAACUAUUCUGCUACAUUAAUAAUUAUUUUAACCUUCAUGCACCACAACAGAGUUACUUCAAUAUUCUAUUUGUCUGUCUCUUUUACAUUGGCCUAAAUUCAUCUGUAGUAAGUCAGUACAGUAGAUGGUUGAUGUCACUUUAGAAGACCUGAUGGUUAGCACAGUAACGUUUGCAUUACAGGUGCCUCUUUUAACAUGAUAUAAUAAUCUGUGAGAAAUAUUGUUGCAGCUUCAACAUGAAUGCAGAAUGUUUUAUCAGAAAUAUAAUAUGAACAAAAAGAAAUUAAAGCUUUUAAUGAGGUAGGAUCUUUCAGUGUUGGCUUCAAGCCUUUCUUGUCCCCUGUUUGAUGCCUCCCACCCACUAAUUUCGUGAAUUUAGAGUCACUGUAAGAUUGCGUGCUUAUAUUAUAUCCUCCUUUUUUAUCUGAAUUUUAUUACUUAUCUUUUAGUACAUUAUAGGAACAACAGAUGACAGGAGUUUCAUAUUUACACAUAGGAAGAGGUCUUAUAUUAAUUUGUAGCUGUUAGGAGUGAAGUUGGAAAUAAAAACGGUGGGAAAUGGUUACAAAUGUUUCAAACUCAUUUUCAUACUUCUUAUUGUAAAAUAGGCCCUGUAUGUAAACUUAUUGUGUGUUUUAAUAACUUGAACAUAAAUGAAAAGAAGUAUUGUAUUCAGUUUUGUCAGUUGAAGAUUAAUUUUAACCUGAUUUUGUCCCACGUGAACAUUUUGAAGAACAAUGCAGAGUUAUUUUGUUUGUUGUGCAGUUCAAAAUAAAGGAUCAUAAUAAC